UGCUAGCUCCUGCCAAAGAUGGCCGUCUCUGUUUCCAAAAAGAGAUCAAAGCCAUCCAAAAAGGUAGAACCAGCAAGAGAAUGUUGCUUCUGGUAUUCUAUUUUCAUCAACUUUCUCUAUCGAAUCCCUGCUGCUAUCCUCCUCCUAAUCCUUAUCUUCCUUUGGUCUUCCUCCACCACCAUCAUAUCCGGCAAAAUCGUUCAUGUUUGCGUCUCGUCCCGGAAGCUCAACAACCUCUAUUGCCUCUCUGCAGGUACUCAUGCCAACGUUAACAUCCCAAUUCCGGUAAUCAACGAUACUGCCAUUUCUAGCGUCAACGUUGGUGUCGAAGAGAUUGUCAACUAUGUCCGGGAGGACCGGGAUAACCCGAAUCCUAUUACUGAGCAAAACAGAGUUGAUAAAGACGGUAAGGAGGAGGCUGCAGAUGCUGUGAAGGUUCUGGACAUUACUCAUCAGUAUGAUCGUAAUCCUGUUGUUAUACAAGAAGUAGACCAAGCCGGAGAUGAGGGGACUGCAUAUGCUUGGAAGGCCGUCGAGGAGCAGUUGCACCUGCAUCGAUCAUGGAGGUCGGAUAAGAAUCACCCGGUGUGUGAUGGCCGGGGAAUAUAUGUUUAUGAUCUGCCGUCGAAGUUCAAUAAGGACUUGGUGGGUCAGUGCCAUGAUAUGGUGCCAUGGCUGGAUUUCUGCAAGUAUUUCGAUAAUGAGGCAUUGGGGCAGCCAAUACCAAAGCUUGGGGACGGAUGGUAUCAUACUCAUCAGUACUCUCUGGAGCCAAUAUUUCAUUCGAGGGUCUUGAAGCAUCCAUGCAGGGUUUAUAAUGAGAAUGAAGCCAAGCUCUUUUAUGUCCCUUUUUAUGGUGGUCUAGAUAUACUAAGAUGGCAUUUCAAGAAUGUUUCCAAUGAUGUCAAGGAUACCUUGUCAUCAGAACUCAUCAAGUGGCUGGAAAACCAGGGGCCGUGGGCUCGGAAUUCAGGUAAGGAUCAUGUCUUUGUGUUGGGGAAGAUUUCAUGGGAUUUUAGGAGAAAUGAUGGUUCUCCAUGGGGGACUAGAUUUUUAGAGCUUGAUCAAAUGCAGAACCCUGUGAAGCUCUUGAUCGAACGCCAGCCAUGGCAGGUAAACGACAUUGGAAUUCCACACCCGACCUUCUUCCACCCUCAUUCAGAUGAUGACAUUAUGGCAUGGCAGCAGAAAAUAAUCAGCUCAAACAGGAGAAACCUCGUGAGCUUUGCCGGGGCGCCACGGCCUGAUCAACCGGACAACAUGAGAUCGAUAUUAAUCGGCCAGUGCAAGUCCGCGGACAAUGGAGUAUGCCGUUUCUUGAAUUGCAGUUCAGGAGCGUGUAAUGAUCAGCCUGAGUCAGUCAUCGAGCUCUUCAUGGAGUCUGAGUUCUGCUUGCAGCCUCCAGGGGAUAGCCCCACAAGAAAAUCAGUGUUUGAUUCUUUAGUUUCUGGUUGCAUUCCGGUAUUUUUCUGUCCUUUCACAGCUUAUUACCAGUAUCCAUGGCAUUUGUCUGCAGAUCAUGGUAAAUAUUCUGUGUUCAUAGACCAAGUAGAGGUGAGGCAAAGGAAGGUAAAUGCAGUAGAGAGGCUGAUGAAGAUUUCUCAGAGGGAGAGGGAGGAUAUGAGGAGCUUUAUAGUAUAUGAAUUACUACCUGGUUUAUUAUAUGGGGAUUCAAAUUCACAUCUUGAGAAGUUUCAAGAUGCAUUUUCCAUAGCUAUGAAUAGUCUGCUUGAGAGGGUAAACAGAAAGGAAUGAAUUGUACCAAAGGGGUUGCUAUUGUUCUUUAUUUGUUUAUUGAUUUCUUCCCAUUAUACAUGCAAAGCAUAGUCAGGGGAUAGUUUCAUAUU